CCAACUCCCUCUCCUCCUUAUGUAACACAGUAAUCAGGUUUGGUGUUUGGAUUCUCUUCCAUGCAGACGCUGGGCUUCACUGGUCCAGAGCAGGCGCAAAGUUAAUUUCUCAACUGUUACAGGCAUUUAAGGGCUAAUCCAUGGGGAGCAUCCCAGGUGUUUCCUUUCUGCUUCUGGUGGUGAGUGUGUCCCUCCUGUCAAGCCCCAGUGUAGAGGGCGGAAAGAUCCUGGUGUUCCCGGUGGAUGGCAGCCACUGGGUCAACAUGAACCUGCUGAUCCAGAGCCUCCACGCUAGGGGCCACGAGGUCACCGUGGUCCGCACCGCCACGAGCUGGUACGUCAAAGAAAACGCCCCGCAUUACCACUCCAUCACCGUCACCUUACCGGGAGCCAUCAGCAUAGAGGAGCAGGACUUCUUCGUAACCUUCCUGGUCAAGAUGCUGGCGAUCCACAAAGAAGGGGGGUCGGUUAUCGGAUUCUUGAAGUUCUACUGGGAAAUGCUCUUCACGCUGUCGGACAUCCACCGACAGGCCAGCAUGUUAGGGGUGGAAAUAUUUGAGAACAAGACUCUGAUGCAGAGUCUUCGUGACACCCAGUUUGACGUGGUUCUUAUAGACCCGGGGUUGCCCGUUGGAGUUCUGGUGGCUCAUGAACUUAAGCUGCCGACUGUUUUUAACGUGAGGUGGAUCACCAGUGGAGAGGGCCAUUUCGUGGUGGCUCCAUCGCCAACAUCCUACGUUCCAACUUCAGGAUACGCCGCGUCGGAUAAGAUGACAUUUGAGCAGCGUGUCAAGAACGCAUUGUUCUAUUUUCUCAACAUAUGCAUUGACAAGAUUGUAGUAUGCCCUCACUAUGAUAGACUGGUAGACAGGUACUUUGGUCCAGAUGUGAACUUCUAUCACCUUCUACAAGGAGCAGACAUCUGGCUCAUGAGGGUGGACUUCGUCUUUGAAUUCCCCAGACCCACCAUGCCGAACAUCGUCUACAUUGGCGGUUUUCAGUGCAAGCCUUCAGAGCCUUUAUCGUCAGAGCUGGAGGAGUUCGUUCAAAGUUCAGGAGAGCACGGAGUCGUCCUGAUGUCUCUCGGCACGCUUGUCAAAGGCCUUCCUGUAGAAAUGACCUCCGAAAUCGCUGCUGCCUUUGCCCAAAUUCCUCAGAAGGUCAUAUGGAGGCAUGUUGGUGAGCCCCCCAACAAUUUGGGCAACAACACCCUACUGGUGAAAUGGAUGCCCCAGAACGACCUCUUGGGUCACCCAAAGAUUAAAGCCUUCGUGGCUCACGGUGGCACCAAUGGGAUCUACGAGUCCAUCUACCACGGAGUGCCGAUAGUAGGCAUCCCUCUUCUGUUCGACCAGUUUGAGAACGUUUUGAGAGUGGAGGCGCGAGGAGCCGCUAAGGUGGUGGAUACGAGCAAACUCACUCGUCAGAACUUUCUGGAAGUGUUACAAGAAGUUCUCCGCGAUCCGUCCUACAGGAACAACAUGAAGCGUCUCUCUGCUCUCCAUCGGGAUAAACCGAUGCAUCCUCUGGAGACGGCCGUUUACUGGAUCGAGUUUGUCAUUAGGCACAAAGGAGCGUCACAUUUACGCACUGAGUCUUAUAAGAUGCCGUGGUACGCCUACUAUUCUGUGGAUGUUUUAUGCUUUUUGAUAGCAGUCUUGUUGAUGCUGACGGCAAUUUUUGUGGGAUCAAUACGAUUCCUUUGCAUUCGACUGUGCGGGAGGAGAAAGACCAAACAGGAGUAGUUACUGACUCCACACGUCAGAUUAGUGUACAAUUGUGUACAGAUAUUCGUGGCUGCAAGACUGUGAAUCCUAAUGACUUUGGUGAUCCACUGACUUUUCAUUUAGCACUACCAUAAGGUUGACAUUUGUGGUUUUGAGAGAAAUGUCUUGACAACUAUUGGAUGGAUUGCCAUGAAAUUAAUGUUUCUCUCAGGAUGAAUCAAAAUAACUCUGGUGAUGUCUUAACGUUUCAUGUAGCUUAAUUAGCCCUAUACUUUGGUUUAUGACCAAAUACCUGCAAAACUAAUGACAUUCCCAUCAUCCUACAUGGUGAACAUGGUAAACAUUAUACCUGCUCAGGAUUCAAUGUUAAUAUUUUUACUUCUGUGUGGGUCAGAAAUCUACUUGCCUGAAGUAAAUUUGUAUUUGUCCCUAUAUAAAUUGUUUUAUUUAUUAGCCAUUAUCAAAUAACAACAAAAUUAAGUGUCAUGUUUAAUCUUUAUUGACCUUUAUUAAAUUAAUUUACUUGCAUUUAUAGUUCACAUAAUAUUCUCUCAGUCUGAUUUAUAUGGAGGACGGAACCUGCCAAAAUAAUAAUAAUAUGAAUAAAUAAAUAAAUGCUUAAACACAUAAAUUAAUACAGAAAUUUUUAAAAUAAAUGAAUACAAAAAUAAAUAUAUGAAUACAAAUAAAUGCAAGAGUAAGAUAAAGAAGGAAAUUAGUACAAAGGUAAAUAAAUAAAAAAGCAAAUUUAAACAGAAAUAUCAAUUUAUACCACAUUUUAUCAAUUGAUUAAUGCCUACAUUUAUUUUUAAUAUUAUUUUUGCUACUUUUAAUGACAUAUUUAUUUAUUUUUUAUUUUGGCAGGUUUCGUCCUCCAUAGACUUAGGCCUGUAUCACACAGAGCACAUUUUGCAGGUAGCACAUAAGAGUGAUUUUCUUUCCUAAACAUGUCAACAAUUAUCUUAAUCACGUUAAAGAUUUAAAAUUGCAUCCUAACACACAGAAUAAAAAAGUAAUUAAGCUCAAGAUACGUGUAAAUGUUUUGGAGCUUCUAACCAUCAAAAUCUAAAAAAUGUUGGAUGCAAAAACAUAAAAACAUCUGCAUACUUUUCACAAUUGCCUAAAUCAAAUGGAGAACAGUAGAUGUUGAUUUCUUUUCAGCAGACAACUGUGUGCCUGUACUUACUUCCAACAGCAAAACAUCUGUUUUUAGUUGCACUAUUAGUAGUUUUAAAAGUAUUUGAAUUGUUUUAAGUCGUGGUGUGUCGAUCUGAAAUUUAACAAGAACAAAAACGCACUUAUUUCAUGUUUGUUUGCUUUUAUAAGAAUCAACAUUUCAAAAUGAAUGCUGCAACUUUAUGUUGUGUAUCAUCACUUGAAGUAAGAUAUGCAGUCUGUUAUUGAAAUUUAUACUUGAAAAUAAAAAAAG